AAAAAAAAAAAGAGCGUACUAACAAAAUACAUUUGUCCUCGUUCUGUUCAUCUGUUCAUAUCUGGAAGUUUCAUAUAGACCCAGACUCCAGUUUGCACGUGAAAAUAUAACCUCAACCUAGUUUGUAUAUUCAACCUUCUUUGUGUAUUUUCCUGAUUGCCUCUCCCCUUUAAUUUAAGGAGUGUGACCAUUUUAAGCAAAGUAAGCACAGCACAUCUAUACCCUUAAGUAUAAAUAUAAUAAAGAUUAAGAAUGAACAGUGAGUACGAUUAUUUGUUCAAGUUGUUGUUGAUUGGAGACUCCGGUGUUGGUAAGUCAUGUUUGUUGUUGAGAUUUGCUGAUGACACCUAUACCCAAGAUUAUAUCUCCACCAUUGGAGUUGAUUUCAAGAUUAGAACCAUCGAAUUGGACGGUAAGACUAUCAAGUUGCAGAUCUGGGAUACUGCCGGCCAAGAAAGAUUCAGAACCAUCACAUCAUCCUACUACAGAGGUGCACACGGGAUCAUUAUUGUUUACGAUGUCACCGACCAAGAAUCCUUCAACAAUGUUAAGCAAUGGUUACAAGAAAUUGACAGAUAUGCCACAGGUGGUGUCAUGAAGUUGUUGGUUGGUAACAAGGCCGACUUAUCCGACAAGAAGGUUGUUGAGUACACCGCUGCCAAGGAGUUUGCCGACGCGUUGGACAUUCCAUUUUUGGAAACCUCUGCCUUGUCUUCCACUAAUGUAGAACAAGCUUUCUUCACCAUGGCCAGACAAAUUAAGGCUCAAAUGACCAACAAUGCCUCUGGUGCUAACACUGGAAAUAGCGGAAAGUCCAACGUUAACUUGAGUGGUCAAUCUUUGACCAAUAACCAAUCUAACUCCUGUUGUUAGGUGUUUAGGUUUACUAAACUAUAAUUAUUAUUAGUAGUAGUAUUAAUAAUAAUCUGGUAGUUAAUACAUAUUGUUGAAAUACGAAAUCCUUUUUAUUAAUGAAUUUCUUAAAAAGCAUGUAGUAAAAUCUAAAUC